UUUCCUCCCCCAAUCAAUUUACCCCCCCCAGACAACGCACUGCUGGCCCACCCGGUGACAGAGCAGGGUGCCCGUGGGGUGCAGGUUUACCUGCCUGGCAAAGGAGAGGUUUGGUACGAUGUCGCCACCCAGCAGAGACAUCAGGCGCCCCAAACGCUUUAUGUGGCCGUCAGCAUCAGCAGCGUGCCGCUGUAUCAGCGCGGCGGAACGGUGAUCCCGCGCCAGGACCGCGUGCGCCGCUCCACGGAGUGCAUGAAGGGCGACCCGUACAGCCUCUACGUGGCGCUGAGCCCGCAGGGCACAGCGCAGGGCGACCUCUUUGUGGACGACGGCGAAUCCUUCGACUUCUCCACCUCCAACCGUUUCCUGCACCGCCGCUUCGCCUUCGCCUCCAACCUCCUCACCUCCAGCUCUGCAGACCCCCGCGGUGCCUUUGAGACCCCGUCGUGGUUGGAGCGGGUGGUGAUCCUCGGGGCGGGCAAACCAAAGGAAGUCCUCCUCCGGCCUAAAGACGGCCCCGAGAGGAGCCUGGAUUUCCAGCACAGCGCCGACCCCCCCGUCCUCACCCUGCGGAAACCGGGCGUCCCCAUUGGAGCCGAUUGGGUCAUUGAGCUGCGAUAAUGCCGGGGGGGGGGGGAGGGGGAGGUCGUUUUUUGGGGGGGGGGGGACGCAGUGUGGGACCAUUGAAGGGAGGGGGAGGGAUGGGGGUCCUCCAGGCUCCCCCCCCCCCCCCCCCCCCUCAGUGCCCUUUCUGGGGAUUGAGAUCCAUGGGGGGGGGGAGGGGGUCCUUCUCCAGGAUCCCCCUCCCCCCCACAGUGCCCUUUUUGGGGGUUCCUCCUUCCCCCCCCCUCACCCCCCCUCAGUGCCCUUUUAGAGGGCUGAGACGCCUCGUUUUGUUUGGGGGGGGGGGUGGGGGGGUGCAUUGCGCUGCUCCGGCCCACCCCCCUUUCCCCCCCCCCCAUCUGUGGGGCUGGGAGGGGGGGGGAGGGGGGGUGUUGGGGACCAAGAAAUGCUGUGUGCCCCCCCCAAACAGCCCCACAUCUCCGCCCAUCUUCUCCCUGUGCCCCCCCUUUACGUUCCCCUCAUCCCCCCCCCCCCCCCCUCCCUUCAGAUCCCUCCCAUCCUCUUCUUUCCUUCCCCCCCCCAUCUCCACUCAGUGCCCCCUUCCUUUCCCUCUUUCUUUCUAUGGGGCAGAACGCGGUGGGGCAGAGCUGCCCCCCCCCCCUUUCCCGCUUUGUUUUGGGGGGGGGUGGGGGGGGGAACGGACGGACGGAAUUUUGAUAAAACGAACCAAAACGCCAAUUAAAAAAAAUGGAAAAAUA